AUGGGAAUACAUAGAAGUGGGGUGUACAACAUCACCACGUGGAGGUCACACACAACUAUUAGUGUAUACUGUGACAUGACAACCGAUGGAGGAGGAUGGACGGUCUUCCAACGAAGACUCGAUGGAUCCGUAGAUUUUUACCGGAAUUUUAGUGAAUAUGAAAAUGGAUUCGGUUCCGCCUCGGGAGAAUAUUGGCUAGGUCUACGGACUAUACAGGAGAUGCUUGGUAAGGCGAGUCAUGAACUGCGCAUAGAUAUAGAAGGUUAUGAUGGAUCGAGCGGGUACGAUGUGUACAGUAACUUCAGACUGCAAGGAACUGGAUAUACAUUCUACGUGGAUAACAGAACCAGAUCGUUCAAUAUGACAGGUAGGGGCGAUUUGUCUGAUGGGUCUAGCUACUCGCCAUACGGGCAGAACUUUUCUACCUUCGAUAAUGACCAGGAUCGGAUUCUCAAUGCCAGCUGUGCAUAUAGAUAUCAUGGAGCGUGGUGGUAUAACCGGUGUUUGAAUGCAAAUCUCAACGGUGACUACGGAAUACCGGGAACAGCAAUGACCUCUGGAAUUAGAUAUUUAUUGUUUCUUCAUCUACGGUCAGCAACGAUGAUGUUUCGACCUCUUGGUAUGCAUUAGUUGGUACUUAAUUCAGUUCAAACUUUGUUGUCAAAAGGGAGCAAUUGAAAACAUACACAAUUUUAUCAUUUGUACAACGUUGAUGUUUUGACCAUUAAUUCAAUUCAAUUCAAUGCAUUCACCUAUGCUG